AUGGUCGAAACGCGAACGCAACGGAAUGGCGCUUCUUACGCCGCUAGAAAAGAGCGAAGAGAGAAGGCUGCCGUCAAACAAAAAGAGCCCAUUUCUGUUCUCAAACAGAAACCAAAGUCAAAGAAGAAGCCUGCCCAGAGAGCACCUCAGCGCCGACGACAAAGAGCUAAUCACGGUGAGCUGAAUAUCAUUUCAACUCACGUUUUUCAUGCUAAUCAAUUGUAGGAAUUUCGACGUUGUCCGGUGCAGAUCCAUCACCGCCGGUGGCAGUUCCGAUCCAAGCUUUGAACCAAGUGCUGAUCCGAGAACUAUCGACAGAGCCAGCGCCAGCGCCAGUGACUGUCUCUGAAGCAGCGACAUCGCCAGCGGUGAUAGUCUCUGAGCCGGCGCCAGAGCAAUCAACGGAGCAAGCCCCGGAGCCAGUUGCGGAUUUAGUGCCUGAAGUUUUCGAAAAAUCUGAUCGAGACCAUACCUUGGAUGUGGUGGCGUAUCCAGCGAAUCUCACGCUCGAGUCACCAAUAGGAGUUGCUCCAUUAGCGGCCAUCUCCAGAGAAACUGAAAAUAAGAUUAUUGUAGAUCCAACAAAAUUCCCCAACGAGAAAAGUGAGCAGAACGAACCGACUGAACAACAUUCAAAACGUUAUGAAGCAACUCGGAAUGUCUACAACAAAUGGAAUUCGGAUCGAACUGAGCGCGACCGCUACGAUAGAAGAAACAACUGGAGAGCACCGCAAGUGAACAGAUAUGAGGAGAGAGAGCACCGAAAGGUCUAUCAUGAUUAUAACAGUAAUCGUGACUACCGCUAUCGCCAAGAAUCUCAACGAAAAUCUGGAAACGACCGUCGUCAAUGGAAUCACCGGUCGCCAAUUUGCUCCUCUAGCGGGUACAUGAAAGGACAUGAAAGCCAAGAAGUCUCAACGGAAUUUGAGCACCCUUACAUGAGAAACAAGCCGCAAGAUUCAAGAAAUAAUAGCAAUAAAAGGACGAUGUAUCAAACGAGUUGGAAUUCUGAAGCGACUGGAUACACGCGAGCUCAAGCCAAUUUCCCUGCCGUCCCGCCAGUGAACGAACGUGCUCUCGUUCCAUAUGCUCAAAAAGCUUCGCUCGACGAGCGAGAAACGAUUGGUGAGUGGAUGGGUAUUUCAGAAAAAACAAUCCGAUGUUUCUGCUACAUUUUGAUUUUUUUAUUUCAGGACGACCGCUACCAACCUUUAAAGAUGAGUAUCAAAAACUAUUGAAAGUAAGAAACAACCUCAGGAACCUGUAUUCAUAUCUUCCGACCGAGGCCUUGAUGUAUGUCUUUUUACUCAAAUUUUAUUGAAUAUCCACCAAACUUUCCGAUUUAAUUAUACUAUGUAGUUAGUCAUUUGCUGUCUCUCAAUUGGUUAAGCUACAAAACUAUUUGAACACCCUUGCUAUUUCAGAGAAAGACGAGACAGUGUACAAGCGAUUAUCCAUAGCCUUAAUAAUGUUAUCAAUCGUCGACAACAAAAUGCGACAAAGCCGCAAGUUCUUGCAAUUGGCUUCUCAGAAAAUACAGCAAGAUCGUCAUCUCAAAUAGAAAGGAAGGACCAACAAGAGAUUUCCUCGAGACAACCCGACGGUCUAGAUUUCGGAAAGGAUCUUCAAAAUUUUGUAGACUCCGAAGUCAAGUCCAUGAACAUACCAGAUGCGACUGAAAACAAGAUUCUAUGGCUCGUUAAAAACCUUACAAAAGAGCUCCUCAAGAGACGAAACGAGAAGGAAAUGAGCAAAAUGCCGGAGCAACGCAACUUCCAUUUCAGAUUGGACAAGGAGAUGGAGAAAAAGGUGAUAAUGAGUUAUUAUGAUUAAAUAACACAUAAUCGUUUACAGGCGCGAGACUACGUCAUUGGAUAUAUCAAGAGAAAGAUUCGGGAAAACUCUAUUUGGACGAAGUACGCGCAGAAGCCGUGA